GCACGGGCUGGCCUUGCGAGAGAAUCACCAUGCCUUUGGCUAGAGAUUUACUACAUCCAUCCUUGGAAGAGGAAAAGAAAAAGCAUAAAAAGAAACGACUAGUUCAAAGCCCAAAUUCUUAUUUUAUGGAUGUAAAAUGUCCAGGUUGCUACAAGAUUACCACCGUUUUCAGCCAUGCUCAGACUGUGGUACUUUGUGUAGGUUGUUCAACAGUGCUGUGUCAGCCUACAGGAGGAAAAGCCAGACUUACAGAAGGUUGUUCAUUUAGAAGAAAGCAACACUAAUGUUCCUUACAACUUCCUGAAUUUCUGUACGUCACAGAAAGCCUUAUCACAGUAAUUCCAGCUCAUCUACCAAGAAAAUGCAAUUAACAUUUGAUUUUGUUGUAAAAUACAGGGCAGCCAUCUCAUUUUGGUGUCAGUUUUUUCAAUAAAGUUUUGGUUAUGGGCAAA